AUGCAGCCCUCACCGCGGAUACUGAGAUUUUCUCCCGAAGCGCUGGACUCGCGUGAUGUGUCCUUCGAAGCUUACAAGCAGGCAAAGCAUUCCAAAACGAGGAAACGCAGCUUUUCGCCGUUGGUCAACGAGAAAAAUAUGCGUUCGCCGGACAUCUCACCGAUCGCCUUAAACAAACCGAUGCGCAUAUCGCCACGAAUGAACACCCCCAGGGCCAUACCUAAGUUGCGCCGGGCGCUCUUCGCCGACCGACCGAUCAAGCUCUUAUUUUCCUAAACUUAAUUCCCCUAUAGAGCUCCAGCUGUAAAGGGCAACAAAAGCCGCGAGCACCGGUACGCGGUAACGUUCAACAUAGCCACUCCGCUCACAAAGCGGGAACUCGAGCACCGGAUUACCGUGGACAACAUCCUGAAAAAUUUGGACCUCUCCAAGUAUGGUGACAUUUUCAUCCGCGAGGAGAUCGACUUCGAGGUGUUCCUGACGCUGUCGGAGAAAGAUCUGCACGACAUCGGCAUCGACUGCCAGACGGAUAUCGAGCGGAUCCUGGCCAAGGUGGCCGAGUACAAUGCCACUGUGUAA